AGGAGGGCUUGGAAUUUGCAUUUAGCGAUUGGAAUUCCCUUCUUAUGUUGUUUUUGGUUUUUAAGUAUUAAUAAAAGUAAAGUGUAUCAUAUUGUCACUAUGACAAAUUUGCCAUAUACCUACGCUUUUUUCUACUUACGUUUAAUAUUUUGUAGGUACCCAAUUGUGAUAAGGAAGGAAGUCGAGACCGAAAAGAUAGGUCGACGAAAUAUGUGGAUCGAAGCAUAAAUCUAGCCUCUUCAAAUAUGUUGUCGUUUCACUCAAGCACGGGACAAAAUCGAGGUCAUCUUCCUCCUAGCCCAACCCCAGCGUGAAUGCCGUGCGUUGCGGUGGAAAGUUCUUUACGACUUAACCCCUUAAUCCGAUGAUCAGCCCAGCCUUAAUCAAAGACGAAGUUUCGCGGAAGGUACCCUAGCCAAGGUUUGUGUGGGAUUCGGAUAUAAAAGGUAAACAUUUUAGGGUUUUGGGGGGCCUCUUGAGAUCUCAAAUCUGAGAUUUUUGGGGGAAAAAAGUAGGCUAGAAGAUUGAUACUAUGAAGUUAAGGAAAAAAGUAGGAAAAUGUUUACUUGAUAGUUUCUCUUAUUAAUUACUAUUUCCAUUGUUAUAAGUUCAUGUUACUGAUGCCAUAUGAGUUGAUAUCUGUAACAGAGUCAAUGUCGACGACACUUAGGUCGCCUUCAUUAUCUAAAAUUAAAGAAAGCGGCAAUCAAUGCACAAUAUUGUAGUGGAAAGAAGGGAAUUAUAGUUUGGAGUUAAGUUUUUGUUGGUAGUGAAAGCAGGGAACUUUUUAAGAUUCGUAGUUGUAAUUUUUCUUCUAUUGUUGGUUGGUGGAUGGAAACUGAAAGGAUGAAUUAGAAACUUGUUAAGUUCAAUGGCAUAUCUGAUUUUGAGUUCGUACCUGGUCUCUUAUUGCAGGUGAGAUGGGGAGAAUCAAGCAUGAUAGAAGUGGAGAGGUUGUUGCUUGCAGUUGCUCGAGAAGACCCGGUGAAUCAAAGAUUUGUCAUGCUUUCUGACUGGUUUGUAAAGCUUGGACAACGAUUAGUAUUGUAAUUGAGGAAAUUUUCCUAUUCCUUGGAUCAAGAACAUUUUCUUUGAGUUCAUGUUAAUCCAGGUUUUUCUUUUUCUGUAUUGCAGUUGUGUUCCCCUUUACAAUUUUAGUUAUAUAUACAAGUAUCUGAUGGCUUCUCCAGGGAGCUAUGUGGACAGCUUUCUUAAUGUAAAGGAUGGUAGAUACAGCUCAAAGAUGUCACCUAUCAUCCCAAAAAACAAGUGGCAAAAAGAAUCUCAGGUUAUCCAUUUUCUGUUAUAGAUAACAUUAAAUUAAUAUAGAGAUGGUUGAGUGUUUGGGGAACUGGAUUUUUUAAUGAGCUGCUUUAGAUUCUUCAACUGGAUUUAAUAAGUAAUGGGAAUUGAUUAUUUCCAUCUUUGCCUCUCUUUCCUUGUAAAAAUAGCUGAAGAUAGAGAUCUACCCUUGUCUCUUUUUCAUGAGUUUUAUAUAUCUUUUUUACUACUACGAUAUAAAAAAUUAAGCUUUGGUUUCAACUUAUUUAUGUUUGUAGUGGAUCUCCUUGGUAAGAAGCCAUGCUGAAGUCGUUAUAAAUGAUGAGAUUAUUUUUCCAGUUUUUAAGAAAUUAUGCAAGUGAAAUUAAACCAAUCCAGAUUGUAGUAUGCAAUCUAUAAGAUUACUUUGUUUUCUCCGAUUGGUUUGUUAUUGCUCACUUCUAUAUUAUGGAAUUAAUGUGCAUGGAAAGUAAAAGUUGCACAUAUAGAACUACGGAAGCUAAAAAUGGUGUUAUCCUCUUUCUUUAUAUCUCUACUCUUCUCUGAAUAUUCUUUACUGGGUGCUAGGAUACCAUGGUGUCUGGGUUAUUUAAUCUUAAUUUUUAAUUAUUUUGUGAAAUAAAAUUUGAUUGUUUAU